GAGAAGCUCAAGAUGACUGUAGUCAAACUACAGCAGUCAAUGGUUGCACAGGUGGCAACUAAAGGAUCCACCAUGAGCAAGCAGGACUGGAAGGAAAAACGCGAGGAGAAGAUGCACAAGCAAGAGCUCAAGAACUUCAUGAGAAAAUAUGAGGAGGAAGUGGCAAACAACAAGACACUGCAAGAGGAGAACACCUCACUCACGAACCAGGUGCAGCAGAUGCUCAUGGACAUCGAAGACCUGAACGAUAGACUGGUGUGUGCGGAGGAUCAGAUGGCCAACGUGGUAGACCGCGCUACAGUCAAGAGCUUUGACCGACUCUCUCAAGUGGACAUACACAUCCCCCGACGCAUCACCAAUACUCUCAACAGCCGCCGUGCGCCAAUGGACAUGUGGGCCAGGAUCCCAAAGUCCAAAAAGAAUCUCAAGAAGGGCUGGGACACGGUGUUUGUUCGUCUCAACUACCACGCACGUGAACUGCAAGUGUUUAGUAGAGAACCGGCCGAGCUUACUACACAGUCGGACCAAACGCAGGGUCUGCUAAUGAGCGUGAGUCUGACGGACAUUAAAAUCGCACGCGCGCCAAAUAGGAACGAGGCCCACUCGGUCAAGAGUGAAUUUUUGGCGGCAAUGUUUUAUAUUAUAUACUACCCGCCGCAACAAUGUACCAAUCAGAUGGACGGACGGGCGACCAUCAAGUCCAACAUCUCCAGCAACUCUGAGGGGGGUCUGGGACUACACCAAGCCACGGGCCAUGUGCUGAAAGAGGUGUUGCAAACAAAGCCAUCGUGGUGCACCGUGUGUUCUGAACGCAUCUGGAGCUUAAAGGAGAAGCAGCUGAAGUGCACAAACGUGUCAAUGCAGAAGGACGAGUGUGACUGCACAAUCCAUAGUCGGUGCAUCUCCCUACUGAAGACGCACAACAUGUGCUCCAUCGCCACUCAGGCGCAGCAGCAGUUCUUCCUGUGCAAGAAUGUGGAUGUGCGAUCCACCUGGGUAGGAGCCAUCUUGAGCGAAUCGGU